AUGAUCCUCAUCCUGCUGGGCGCACUCCUCGAGGUCGGACUUGCCGCACAGACCUGCACCGAGUGCACGGAUGAGCCAAACACGUACAUGGUGACGAACGGCUUGGUGUGCGACGAGUAUCCCUCUGCGUACACGAAGUUCUGCAAGCAGAACGCCAACUGGGCGAAGCAGAAGUUCUGCCAGCGCUCGUGCUUUGAGAAUGGGGCGGGCUACGACGGCGACGUGUGCUGUGCGGUAGCGCCGCCCGCCCCAACCACGGCCACGUGCACAGAGUGCACGGAUGAGCCAAACACGUACAUGGUGACGAACGGCUUGGUGUGCGACGAGUAUCCCUCUGCGUACACGAAGUUCUGCAAGCAGAACGCCAACUGGGCGAAGCAGAAGUUCUGCCAGCGCUCGUGCUUUGAGAAUGGGGCGGGCUACGACGGCGACGUGUGCUGUGCGGCAGCGCCGACCGCCCCAACCACGGCCACGUGCACAGAGUGCACGGAUGAGCCAAACACGUACAUGGUGACGAACGGCUUGGUGUGCGACGAGUAUCCCUCUGCGUACACGAAGUUCUGCAAGCAGAACGCCAACUGGGCGAAGCAGAAGUUCUGCCAGCGCUCGUGCUUUGAGAAUGGGGCGGGCUACGACGGCGACGUGUGCUGUGCGGCAGCGCCGACCGCCCCAACCACGGCCACGUGCACAGAGUGCACGGAUGAGCCAAACACGUACAUGGUGACAAACGGCUUGGUGUGCGAGGAGUAUCCCUCUGCGUACACGAAGUUCUGCAAGCAGAACGCCAACUGGGCGAAGCAGAAGUUCUGCCAGCGCUCGUGCUUUGAGAAUGGGGCGGGCUACGACGGCGACGUGUGCUGCGCGGCAGCGCCGACCGCCCCAACCACGGCCACAUGCACAGAGUGCACGGAUGAGCCAAACACGUACAUGGUGACAAACGGCUUGGUGUGCGACGAGUAUCCCUCUGCGUACACGAAGUUCUGCAAGCAGAACGCCAACUGGGCGAAGCAGAAGUUCUGCCAGCGCUCGUGCUUUGAGAAUGGGGCGGGCUACGACGGCGACGUGUGCUGUGCGGCAGCGCCGACCGCCCCAACCACGGCCACGUGCACAGAGUGCACGGAUGAGCCAAACACGUACAUGGUGACGAACGGCUUGGUGUGCGACGAGUAUCCCUCUGCGUACACGAAGUUCUGCAAGCAGAACGCCAACUGGGCGAAGCAGAAGUUCUGCCAGCGCUCGUGCUUUGAGAAUGGGGCGGGCUACGACGGCGACGUGUGCUGCGCCCCAACCACGGCCGAGUGCACCGAGUGCACGGAUGAGCCAAACACGUACAUGGUGACGAACGGCUUGGUGUGCGACGAGUAUCCCUCUGCGUACACGAAGUUCUGCAAGCAGAAUGCCAACUGGGCGAAGCAGAAGUUCUGCCAGCGCUCGUGCUUCGAGAAUGGGGCGGGCUACGACGGCGACGCCCACACGCCAUCACCGCGCGCAAAAACGAGGCCGGCCGCGGCAGCACGACGACGCGGCUCACAAUCGACGCCGCGGCCGGCACGGUCGUCGAGCUGCGCCCGCUCCACGGUGCUUCCCUUCAAGUACGUCCGCUCCGAGGAGGACGUCUUGCGCAUCAGCGCCGGCGGCACAAACGCCUUCGCGGCCCUCGUCGGCCCCGUCCUCCGCAACGCGUGA